AAAGUAGAUUUAUUUUUAGGUUAUAAAAUUGUUUUUAUUUUUGCGCUUUGGAGUUCAGUAAAGCUAUUAGUAAAAUUUUAUAAGAAUAGUUUUUAAUAAACAAAUGGAAGAAUCAGACACAGAAAAAAGACCACAGUUUGGUAACAGAUUUCUGGAAAAUGUUGAUGAAGUCUUCAAACAUAAUGCGUGGUAUUGUAUUCACUACUUAUAACAGAAAAUUCUUCAAGAAAUCAAAUUUUUGUCGAGAAUACUGUGAAUAUUUAGAGAAAACUAGAUAUAGAAAAAAACCUGCAGGUGGCUCAAGAUACCUAGCUGAUAAGAAAAAUGUUUAUCUAUUUAAUGCCUGGGACAAUGUACAAUGGGAUGCCGAACAGGAAAAUGCUGCCAAAGCAAAAGUGGAACAGAACUCACAAGUCACAUUUUCUGAGGAUCAUGUGAAAUCUCUAGAAGAGAAUGCAGACAAACACUGGGAUGCUUUCUAUGACAUACAUCAGAACAGGUUUUUUAAAGACAGACACUGGCUAUUCACCGAGUUCCCUGAAUUGGCUCCAGACAACACAACAUCACCAGUGAGAGUAUUCCCUGAAGCUGAAAGCAAAAACACUUCAACUCUAUCCACAUUGCAAGAUGACAAAUCCAAACGGUACAUCUUUGAAAUUGGAUGUGGGGUUGGCAACACUAUCUUUCCAAUAUUACAAUACAGCCAAGAUCCAAAUCUUUUUAUAUAUGGCUGUGAUUUCUCAUCAAAAGCGAUUGAUAUCAUGAAACAGAAUGAGUUGUAUGACACUAAAAGGUGUAAAGUUUUUGUACUAGAUGCUACCACGUCAAACUGGGAUGUUCCCUUUAAAGAAAACUCUAUUGAUAUAAUUGUCCUCAUAUUUGUUUUAUCUGCAAUUGAUCCUAACAAAAUGCCUACAGUCAUCAACAACAUCCACAAAUAUUUGAAGCCAGGAGGCCUCAUGGUAUUCCGAGACUAUGGCAAGUAUGAUUUAGCCCAACUCCGGUUCAAGAAAGGUCGCUGCAUCUCAGACAACUUCUACGCUAGAGGAGAUAACACUAGAGUAUACUUCUUCACCCAGCAAGAAAUAACUGAAUUGUUCAAUAAUGCUGGUUUUAUAGAGGAACAAAACUUAAUAGAUAGGAGACUUCAAGUGAACAGGGGUAAAAUGUUGACUAUGUACAGAGUAUGGAUACAAGGGAAAUAUAGAAAACCAUUGUAAAGUCAUAUUUUAUUUUAAUCAUUUUUGUUGUUGUUGCAGUUUAAAUUCUGAUAACUUAGAAUCAGGUAGGUAAUAAAAAAAAUCGUUCUUAAAUGCCCAGAGUUUGAAAAUUUUAAAUAUAUUCUUUUUUCUUGUUUUUA